CAGCACAGCUACGGGCGUCAAAACCGAAGGAUGGAGAAGACCUGGCUGAGCCCCAAACACCGACUCCCCUGCUGCAAGCUCCGGUAGUGUCUUGGGCAAAAUGCAUUGUAUUUACCGAGCACCUAACCAAAUAACGCAGUCUCCGCAAGAGAGCGAAAACCCGGAUCGCAGCGAUUUGUUUACGCGCAUUUGACAGUAAUUGUAGUUCUUUAGCAAAGACUCACUUAUGGAAUAACGUAACCUGUUACCUACGCGAGGAAACCUUACAUCGUCCGUUUUGUCGCUCGAUUCCUUGCCUGAAAGAGUAUAAGGAAUGUUUGGAAUACAGAAACGAAGGCUGUUUGGUGUUCUUUCAUUACCGGUAAUUGUGGCAGUGAUGUGCUGUGCUCAAAGCGCCAAUGAACCAGGAAACAUGUCUUUUGUCAAAGAGACCGUGGACAAGCUUUUGAAAGGCUAUGACAUCCGUCUUCGACCAGACUUUGGAGGUGCACCAGUCGCAGUUGGCAUGAGCAUCGAUGUGGCAAGCAUAGACAUGGUGUCUGAGGUCAACAUGGACUACACACUGACCAUGUAUUUCCAGCAGUACUGGAGGGACAAGCGGCUUCGCAUAUUCUGGGAUCCCUCUCAAUCUUCACUCUUGACAACCGGGUAG